CAGCAGAGUAACCUAAUGGCACUUUUUGAAAUCAACGACAUUGUUGCAACUGUCAUUAGUUAUUUUGUUUAUUUUUGAUACAAAUUUGCGCUUCAUUUUCGUACGAUAGAUUGAACGCAAGAGGUGGAUGUUGCCAUUUUUCAACUUCAAAUAUUUGGCCCCUUUUUUCAGUUGACUCAGCAGUAAACCAGUCAUGACCGAAAAUCGUUUGGACGAGCAGACACGAAAUGUUCUCAUUGAAUUGGUGAAAACCCGCCCCAUACUUUUCAAUGAUUACUCAGAUCGUUCCGCGGCCGAAUUGCGUGAUGAACGUCAAAAAUGUUGGGAUGAAGUUGGUGAAAAACUGAAUUGGUCUGGUGAUGUUUGCAAAACCAAAUUCACUACAUUGAAAAACAACUACUUCAAAAAUCUGAGGAAUGAUGCAGUUGGUCCGGAUAUGAGACGCCGUUUAGACUUUUUAGACGAGUUGGCGCCAUGGAAUCGUGUUCAAGUUGAAAAACCGGCCCGCAUAAGCCAGCGACGCGCAACAAAACGAUUCCGGCAAGACUAUAACGACGAUUCCGAUCAAACAAUUUUGAUGAACACAUCGACGACAUCGGUGAUGCCAGAUUUACCAGUAGCCUUCAAGCAAAGUAAAAAUGAUGACAAAAAAACCUCUGGUGAACAAUAUGGUCAGUCCGCUGAAAUGCCAAUGUCACCAUGGGCACAGCCGUCAUACACCAAUAAUAAUGACGUUGAUGAUCUGAAUACAUUCUUCAGAAACAUGGAACAAACUGCACGCAAAUUCAAUGCAAGACUUCAAGUCAAAGUGAAGCGCAUGAUAUCGGACAUCAUCUAUGAUGCCGAAGAACAAUGGAUCAAUACAAAUUCAUCGGCCUAAAUUAACAAAUACUCGUUUUUAUGUCUAAGAUAUUUUUUAUAACUAUCGACUACAUUCAUCUCUGUUUAAUUAAUGUAAUGCCAAAACUUCAAUUAUUAUUGAAGUAACAAAUGUGUCAAUUGAUACGAAUAAAUAAAUGAAUAAUUUAUUUUUAUUACUUUA